AGACGCGAGAGCCGCCACUCCCGAGCGCGUAGCGGUGUAGCGCGGGUGCUGACCGAGUGUCCCCGUGAGAGAAGAGCGAGAGAGAGUGCGAGAGCGCGAGCGAGCGAGCGAGAGAACGAGACCGUAGAGUGUGGAGAGAGAGGGAGAGAGAGAGGGAGAAGAGAAGAGAAGAGAGAAGAAUGUCCAUCGUCGAAGGAAGGAUCGGCAGGAAGCGGAGCCCGCGGCAGGACAUCAUCGACGAUCAUCAGGCGGCUCCGUGCUUGUAGGACGAACCGAAAGAGAAGGAAAGAGAGGGAGAGAGAGGUGUUCUCCUCCACCGCGCUCCACCUUUUCGCCGCGUUUCCCUGUGUGCUCUCGACCCGACGCAACGAUUCCCCACGUAUUUCUUCCUCCCUUCCUGCAUCCCUCCCUUCCUUCCUGUGGAUCCAGGUGAGGAAAAGAUCGGGAACGGUCGUCUCUCUCGCGAACGAAAUAGAUAAAUAAUGAUCAGAGGUGAAAGUCUCUCUCUCUCUGUUUGAGAGAGGAACAGUGUCGAGAUCGCGACGCGGACGAAUCAACAGUGUGCAGUAACGGUAAGUCUCUCUCGCUGCGAAACAAAAUAACCUCUCUCUCCGUCCAGAGAACGGGAUAGAGGGAUCACGGUUGUUGUCACGGCAGUUGUGGAAGUCGAAUCGAUGGGGGGGGGGACUGUAUGCGUGUAAAGUCGAACCAGUGAGCCGCGAAGAUAACGAAGAACGCUGAAGGUGACAGCAGCGGGUAAACGAUAAAUAUACGCCGCGUAUUCCGGCCGUGGCCGUUUCGAGGCCGAAAAAAGACGAAGAGAGAGAGAGAGAGAGAGAGAUUACAGCAAAGAAUUACAGUGAAGAAGUGAAGAGGAGCUCGUCGUUCGUUGUGAUAUCUGAUCGCGAGUGAUAAAGCCGAGAGGAGGACCGGGUCUCUCGAGGCUCGGCCGCGAGGAAGAGAUCGUGUGAGGUGAUUUCGAGCGACGAUAUAUACACACAUACACACACACACACAUAUAUAUAUAUACAGUGUUUGAAACGCGAGUGUCAGUGAGAAACCGAGACAUUUUCUGGGUGAAAAUUUUCAACGAUAAUACGUAUCCGACUUUACUCUAGGCCCCGAUUCAAAGGAGGAAGAAGAAGAAGAAGAAGGAAAAAGUGAGGAAGAGAAGAAGCGAGAAAGAGAAGCAGGAAGCACGGGAUAGAGAAGAGUGGAAGAGAAAGAGGGAGAAAGCAAGACGGAGGUAGGAGGGCGGGGCGGGUUGGGGGGAGGCAGGGUGGGAGGAGGAGGAGGAGGAAGAGGUGGAGGAGGAAGAAGGGGGGAGGGUGAGACGCGGACGGCACGCAGAGAGGCGCCGGGUCAACGCGCCAGGUAACAACGCCUCAGGACAUCCGCUCACGUCCUCGCCGCCGACGUCCUUCUCGUCGUCCUCGCCGUGGACGGCGUCGCGACGCUCUCUCUUCUCCUCGAACGUGGACACCGAGCCUCGUCCCACGGAUAUUACCAUGUCCUUCCACGCCGCCUCCUGGAGCUUCGCCCUCCUCGCGGCCACGGUCGCGUUGCUGCCCGCCACGCAUCGUGCCCCGUUCGCGCAAGCCGCAACCGGCGGAGGCAGUAUGCUGAAUGACGUCAACAUCUCCGCGAUAUUGGACUCGUUCUCCGUCAGUUACGAUAAAAGAGUAAGGCCGAACUACGGAGGUCCUCCUGUCGAGGUGGGCGUCACCAUGUACGUCUUGAGUAUCAGCUCGCUAUCCGAAGUGAAAAUGGACUUCACGCUGGAUUUUUACUUCCGGCAAUUCUGGACGGAUCCACGGCUCGCGUUCAAGAAACGAACGGGGGUCGAGACGCUGAGCGUCGGCUCCGAGUUCAUCAAGAACAUCUGGGUACCCGACACGUUCUUCGUCAACGAGAAGCAGUCGUACUUUCAUAUUGCUACCACCAGCAACGAGUUCAUUCGUAUUCAUCACUCGGGAAGCAUCACACGUAGUAUACGUUUAACGAUCACGGCAUCGUGUCCAAUGAAUCUGCAAUAUUUUCCAAUGGACCGACAGCUCUGCCAUAUCGAGAUCGAGAGCUUUGGAUACACAAUGCGCGAUAUUCGGUACAAAUGGAACGCCGGCCUACAGUCGGUCGGCAUCUCGAACGAGGUGGAACUACCGCAGUUUCGCGUGCUCGGUCACAGGCAACGACAUUCAACCAUACACCUAUCUACAGUCGGAUACACGAUGAGGGACAUCCGGUACAAGUGGAACGAGGGACCGAACAGCGUCGGUGUCAGCAACGAGGUCUCCCUGCCUCAGUUCAAGGUCCUUGGUCACCGCCAACGAGCCAUGGAGAUUAGUCUAACUACCGGAAAUUAUUCGCGGCUGGCCUGCGAGAUCCAGUUCGUACGGUCGAUGGGCUACUACCUGAUUCAAAUCUACAUACCCUCGGGCUUGAUCGUCAUUAUAUCGUGGGUGAGCUUUUGGCUGAACCGUAACGCGACCCCCGCUCGGGUCGCCCUCGGAGUGACCACCGUGCUCACCAUGACCACCCUAAUGUCGUCGACGAACGCGGCGUUGCCGAAAAUCUCCUACGUCAAGUCGAUCGACGUCUACCUGGGCACGUGUUUCGUCAUGGUGUUCGCCUCGUUGCUCGAAUACGCGACGGUGGGCUACAUGGCAAAGAGGAUUCAAAUGAGGAAGAACCGGUUCCAAAAAAUCGCGGAAAGUAUGAAGACGGCGAGGGAAAACCCGGGGCCACCCGGGGUGCCCGGUGAUCACGGUGAUCACGCGCCUAAGCAAACUUGGUCCCGUGUUGUCCAGGAGGUGCGGUUCAAGGUCCACGACCCGAAGGCACACAGCAAAGGUGGAACGCUCGAGAACACUAUAAAUGGGCGGGCUGACGAGGAGGCAGCGCCGGCGCCGCAACAUCUUAUCCAUCCUGGGAAGGAUAUCAACAAGCUUUACGGUAUGACGCCAUCGGAUAUCGAUAAAUACUCCCGCAUCGUGUUUCCGGUAUGCUUCGUCUGUUUCAACCUGAUGUACUGGAUCAUCUACCUGCACAUCAGCGACGUCGUGGCGGACGAUCUCGUGCUUCUCGAGGAGGCGAAAUAAGCGAAGAGGGCGCGGCGAUCGCGCGCACGAGGCGGGCGAAACGUGCGGUUAAAGACAGUUACGAAAGUAUGGAGAAGUGGGGAUGAGACUGUGCGAGAUCGAUCCAAGGAUCAAUGGGUCCAGCCGGGCCAAGAAGUUGGAUAAACUUGGUACAACGUGAUGAGACCGGUAACGUAGGAAUCCGCGGUUGGAUCGACGCGAGUGGAACUCUGUGAAAGGAGGAAGAUAAGGAGGAUGGACGGAAGGGAAGGGAGUGAAAGUUAGCAGUCGAUCGAUCCGACUGGGAACACUGUUCCGCGACACAGUGCGAGAAUGAAAAGUGUCGGAUCGGAAGAGGAGGAGAAGAUUGGCGAGCAAGAACCACUCCGGGCUUCGAGUAAGGGGUUAGAGACGGUCGCUGGUCAGACCGGUUGGACGACUAAAACGCGCUGUGACUACUACUACUACUACUACUCCUGUGACGUUCUUCAAUCUCGUAAAUUUCGCCUGCGACGCGAUGCUCGGAUCUUACUCGUCGCUGAUUCUCGUGUCUCCCCCCGUGUCUUUUUUUUUUUUCUUUUUUUUCGUUUUUCGAACACACCACAAACGUGAACAUGAACACGAAUAUAAUCAUCCACGAUACGCGAGAAAUCGAAAGUUAGGGAAACAUGGUGGAAGAUGGAGGAACGAGAGGUGGAGAUCGAGGACAGAGGAUAAGAGGGGAGAAAGUAAAGAUAACGAAUUCGAGAAACUAAAGGAACCGUGCAUACUUUAAACAUUGCCAGUCUAGGUACCUAGGUCUUUAAAAAAAAAAAAAAAAGAAAGAAGAGAAUAUAAACUUCGAUAUAAACACUUGUCAAUUUAGCCACCAUUAUAUACAUACAUAUAUAUACAUACAUAUAAAUAUAAAUAUAAAUAAAUAAAUAAAUAUAUAUAUAUAUACAUAGUAAAAAGAAAGGAAAAAAAAAAAGAAAUUAACUAAACGUAAGAAGGAAUAAAACAAAAAAAUAAGGAGCUCGAUUACGACGAAUCGAGAUGGAGAACGGUGAAAUUCUAAGGAAAAAAAAAAAAAAAAAGAAACGAGUCGAUCGAGAUAUUCAACGAUCGUCGGCUCGAAUGGCGCUCGAGUGUACGUGCGAUCGAGCAGAGAAGAGGAAUAAUCGCGUGAGAGUAUCUGCGUGUGAGAAUCCGCGUGAUUGCGCGCGCGCGCCACUGUCCUACGUGUACAAGUGCGUGCCUUCGAGUGCGUGCAUGCGUGCGUGUGUUUAUGUGUGCCUCCGUGUGUGUAUUCUACGAGCGCCAGCGCACGUGCACGAAAAGGAAAGAACAGAGGGAUCGAGGAGGGGAAAAAAAAAUUUUUAUUUCGAACGAAGACAAAGAAAGAAAGAAAGAAAAAAAAGAGAAAAAAAAAAAUAAUAAUAAUAAAGAAAAAAAAAAGAAGAAAAAAAAACGGUUCACUACCGGAGACUGGUGCGACUUAUAAUCCGUUAUUAAUAAAUAAACACGUUCUAAUAAAUAAUACUACUACGUAUGCCACGUAAGGAGACGCGUAAAACACGUGUGCGUGUAGAUACGUACGUAUAUAUAUAUAUAUAUAUAUAUAUAUAUAUAUAUAUAUAUAUAUAUAUACGGGCGUGCAUAUUAUAUUAAAUAUUACACAAGUAAUUACACGUACACGAUAUAUUAUCCGCGCGUCGACAAUCCUCGAAGCGUCCACGCUUGACGGAGAAAAAAGAAAAAAAGGAAGAAGAACGAUCGAUCCUCCGCCUCCAUCGCGAGCCAGGAAGAGGAGGAUCGAUCGAGGGGCGAAACGGCGAAAAUCCAGUGGCAUCCAUAGCACGUAGGACGUGGACGUGGUCGACCUCAGCUCGACGGGCGGAAAGGGGGGGGCAAGUUAUUUCGACCGCGAGUCGCAUCAUUUCGAGGUAGAGCUGUUUUCUCGAAUGUCUUUUUUAUUGCCACGAACAUUAUGUGUGUCCGUUUCAUUUUAUACCACUUUUUUACCAUUUAUAGAACUCGUCGGGCGAAGCGACUUUUAUAUUUCCGUCACUUCUACGACCGCGGAAUCCUCCCUCGGAAUCGUGUGAACUUCCGUUCGAAAACGUCGCGGCGCGCGCGACCCCGUACGUGUUCGUGUACGUGGCUCAAAUGUGGGGAAAGGGGGGAGGGCAGAGGGGAAGUUUUUAGCGUAAUACACCCGUAACUAAAAACCAUCGUAGAAAUCGCGAAUAUGUUGUAUACGUAGAGAUCUAUCUCCCGCGGCGCACGAUAUUUAGAUCGGAACGUAAACGAUUUAUUCGUAACAAUUGUAUUAUGCGAGUUUUUCAACCCUCGGUUGAAGGGGAGGGGGGCCAAGGAGGGAGUCGAAAUCGAGCGAAAUUUUCUUCUCUCGUCGUUCAAUUAGUCGAACGGAGGAAGGAUUGAAAGAGAUUGAAAAAUGCUCCAUUCAGUUUUUCAGCGAAGGAUGGGAUGAGAAAAGCGGAGGGGAAGAGAAUUCUCGAGGAAAGAGAGGGAGAGAGAGAGAGAGAGGGAAAGGAAGAAAAGAUCGCGAAUCCUUUGAAUCGUUUCUCCUACUUUAAUGGCCCUUCUAAAUUGUGCACGUCGCUUCCGCGACGAGUUAUUUCGUAAACGUAAAGCGCGAGCCCCUUGUCUCGAAUUCCUCCGCGUGACGUCCUCCUAUCAGGAGGGGGGAAAGAACGAAGCGAGAAAUUGCGAGAGGAUCGUCGCGACGGGAAUACGCGGCGCCGCGCAUAAAGCGUGCACACGGGGAGGAAAACAAGCCGCGAUCGCAUUCAUACUCGGCGCGUGGAUUAGUUUUUCGAACACACCGUCGGCGCGGUCCUUCCGUUGGAGAGGCCCUUCGUCUUCUCCCUGCUGGCUGUUCCGUCGCCAGUACACCUUUUUCCCCGAGUUAAUUAACGCCAAUUGUACGCCGUUCCACUUCCGUCUUUUGGAUACUCCAUACUUGGCGUUUUUCUAUCCACCCUUCUCUCUCACACACGCGCAUACUCUUUCCCGUGCGAUGGCGAUGGCGCGCACACACGCAUAUCCAUUCUCCUUUUCCUCCUCGAUUCAUUCCUGCUCCCUCUGUCUCCGUCUACCGCUGUCUGUCUCUCACCCCUCGCCCCCCUUUCCCUCUACUCCCUUUCGUCUGUUCCAACGUGGUUGCUGGCUGCAGACUGGGUCGUGGAAGUUUGCCAUUCAGGAUAUCGACCAGCUGACACGCCCAACCCCUCCUCCUCCCUCGCACAUUCGAUCUCUCCCUCCCGGCGCGCCUCUCUCUCUCUCGGUCUCUCUCCCCUUCCCCUCCCUCUCGACCGCUCUUCUCCUCACAAUCGCCAAACAAUCCGUUUUCCAGACGCUCUUGCUCAUUGUGCAUUUAAUAAGGAGCUUCUUGCUUUGGUACUCUGCGAGAAUUCUUUAUAAAAGUAGGUAAUCUUGCUCGAGGAUCUCCUUGGUCGCCAUCCCCCUCGAAAUAUACGGAAGAAGUGGAUGUAUUUUCGUAUUUGGCCGCCCCGUUCCACCCACCCACCUGGACCGAUGGCAACAUGACGAAUGGUCCCUUGGAUCGUUGUCGUCACUUAUCGACAGGGAAAACAUGGGCGACGAUUUUUCGAUCCGAUUCGUUUUCGAAGGGAAGGGAAAGGCGAGAUGAACGCACAGGCCUCGCGAGGGGAGGAUGGAGAGAGAGAAAAGGGACGAAUCGAUACCAUUUCGGAGUGAUUGGAACGGGACGAGGAAUUAACGUUCUUAACCCUCUCUUCGUUCUGCACUGUAUUUAUGAUGAUAAUUGUAAGUAUAUCGACGAUACUUCCACGUCCGCCCCACCGGAAGCAUUAUUAUUACGCAAUUUAUAUUAUAACCGAUAUACAUCUCGAGUCUCUCUCUAUUAUAGCGAGAAAGGAAGGGAAAGGGAAUAGCGUUUUAUCGUUGUGAUAUACUCUAAAUAGUGUCUAUAUGCAUCUAUCCAUACGUAUAUAUAUAUAUCGCGUGUGCGUUCAUGCAUACCCACGUGUUUGUAUACGUAUGUGCGUUGUAUGCGUGUGCCUAUUGUUUACGUUUAAUGAUUAUGAGCCGUGUGCACGAGGAACUGGCACGUCCAACGGAGGUGGCGGAGGAAUAAGGGGCUCUUCCGUAGAUGGCUAGCUGUAAUAGGUAGUUAGGCUAAGCUCUAAGCGAGUUGUAAUACGAAAAGAAGAUUCUUCUCGGUUGAUGAUCGUUCUGUCCUUUUCUUCUUUCUCUUUCUUUUUACUUUCUCUCCUUUUCUUCUUUCCCCCCUCUUUCGAUUCUCCCUACGAAUGGAAUAAUAACGAUCAAAGGCGCUAAUCACUGAUCGGCAGAUGAAAUUAUGCCGUAACAUAAGGGAUUGGAUCUCGUGUACGCGAUAAAAUUUCCAUAAAAAUGAAACGAUAGAAUGAAUAUAAAAAACGAAUAUAUUUUCGAAAGUUCAAUUCCAGUUUCUCGAACGAAGCUACCCGACGAGAUUAUUAAAUUAACUCAAAAUUUCUUAUCGUCCCAACGAUUGGCAAGUUAUAAUAAUCGUCGAUUCGCGACGAAGUAUCGAAAAAGGUGUUACCCUUGGAAUCUUCUUAAGGCGUUUCUUUUCGUUUCGGAACGCCUCGAGGCGAAAAACUGAUAGAAGAUAAAAAUAAGUAACAAUUCCUUGACCCGCGUUAUCGACGAGCACACUUGUAUCAAGCUGAAGCACGUGUUGAUAUAUUAUUGCCUUGAAAAUCGCGCGCCAGUUCCUCCGAAACCGACCACGGUCAAUUAUUAUUAUUACUAUUAAUUAUUUUAUUAAUAAUUAUUGCUAUCGUUAUUAUUAUUAUUAUUAUUAUUAUAUAUAUAUAUUAUAUAUAUAAACGUCUUAAAGAUGAAUAAGAUAUUUACGACGAUCUCUGGCAGGAUAGAAGACACGCAAAUGAACAAAGAAACAAAAAAAGAAAGAAAGAAAGGAAGAAAGAAAAUAGGAAAAAAGUGCGAACGAGAAGGGAAAAGUGAAAACGAGACAUAUAUAUAUAUAUAUAUAGAUAAAUAUAAAUAAUUACCGCGUAUAUUAAUUAUAUAUAUAUAUUACCGAGAAAUGAGACGACGUCGUUUAAUCACCAGUGAUCACCAUCGACGCGCGCGCGGGCAUCAUCUCGGCGCUCGAACGAGGCGAGAUUGUAAAAGAAAAAAAAAAAGAAAAAAAAGGGGAAAAAAAAAAAGAAAAAGGAAAAAAAAGAAGGGAAAACCGAAAUAUUAAAAAUAAGAAAAAAAAAAAAAAGAAAAAUUAAUGAAGAAAAGGGGGGGGAGAGAGAGAAAAGAAACCUAUUAAUAAACUAUACAAAAAAAUCGAUACAUCUUGUAAAUACGAGUUUUAUACACAGAGCGAUCGUAUUCGUUAAAGUAAAAGAGAAAAAAAAAAAAAAAAAAAAAAGAAAAAAAACAGAGAGUACCUACUGCGAAGUAAUAUAUAUAUAUAUAUACAUAUUAUAUAUAUACAUAUAUAUAUAUAUAUAUAUACACAUAUUAUAUAUAUAUAUAAAUAUAUAUACGCAAAUGUAGUGCACACGAGAAUGUGACUGUUCGCACAUAUUUAGGUAAAUCACUUUUAAAAGUAUAGGGGGAAAAUAAAAAAAAAAAAUGUAGAGACUGGAGGCACGUCGGAAGGACCGAAGAUUACGUACGUACGUUCGUUCGGUGGUUGAAUGAAAUUAAUUUGGAGUAAAAUGUAUAAUCAGUGUGAAAGAGAGGAAGACAGUGAGAGAGAAAGAGAGAGAAAGAGAGCGAGUGAGGAAGAAAGAAAGAGAGAGAGAGAGAGAAUAUUUAUAAUCACACAUAGAAGGAAACGGUAACGGAAUAUAAUGAUCGGCGAGCGAGAGUAUUUUCCAAAAAUCGACGAAUCGAUCGAGAAUCGUGCAGAAAAAGUGAGAAGAAGAAGAGAAAAAAAAAAGAAAAAAAGAAAAACACGAAGACGACCAUCGUACCGUGCAACCACGAUGCACGAGACGCGUAUCUCACGACUUUUUUCUUUCGCGUCGUUCAAAGAGAAAUUCGUCGCGGAAUUGCCGAACGAUCGACCGCAAGAUCGAAAACGAUUCUAAAAAUAAUUAACGUAGCGAGGCAAACAUUGAUUUCUCAUUGAUCUUGGACGAUCGUUCGGGCAUACCCGAACAUACGUCGCUCGUUACAAGUUCGGGAAACGCGUAAUUGCUCAAAAACGAAGAAGCUCCUCGAUCGGCGUGCGCCUCGGUGUGCACGGAAUCAUCUUUUUCAUUUCGUCAUCCAACGUUGUUUCUCCUAUAUACACGUACAUACGUACAAUGCAAGAAAAGAUAUAGCGUCGAUCUUGUUUCUCAUUGUUUGACUGAUAGAUAGGGGAGGGGGAGAGCAUGCACGCAGGGGGGAAGAAAAAGAAAAAUGUUCCUAUCGAGAGCGCAAAGUAUUUUCUAAUAGAACGACCAAAGAGGGGAGGGAGAUUUUUAGAUCUUCGAGAGACCUGCGAGAGUCAUCGUGGCUCGGUCAUAGUGGUCAUCUUCGUGAAGGGGGGGGAAAAAAAAACAAAAAAACAAAAAAAUAAAGCCACGAGCGUGCACACGACAAGACCAUGUGAGUUCAAAUCGCGAUGUAACGAAAACUGCCAAUUUCAUAUUGCAAUAUACGUUUUAGUCAAUCGUGGCGAGAUGCACGUGGGGAAAAAAAAAAAAAAGAAAAAAAAAAGAGAUACCGCAGUCGACGAAGAAACGAAGGAAUUAGAGGAAAAAGAAAGAAAAAAAAGAAUAAUAAUAAGAAGGAGAAGAAAAAAAAUGCGACUAGGAAUUGGAAAAAUCUAAAUCCGAUACACGGGGAUGUUGAAAAACUACCCUUUUUUUUUUUUUUUUUUUUUUUUCGGUUCGACGAUCGAUCGAUAGCAGGAGAAUACUCAGGAGCAACGUUUCUCCCAUUGUAUUUUCGUUGCACCCACGAUUCGAUUCCACGACGAACGAUCCGCGCGGUUCGCUGCACGCCGCCGCUUCUCGCUGCUCGCGUCGACGCACGGGACGAAACGCGCGCAAGCUAAACGAUCUCGCGAAACACGACGAAACAUCUCUCGAUCUCAAAAAAAAAAAAAUCUUAUCGAUCGUAGGCCGAUCUGUAUAUCUUCGAACGGAUAAACGAAAAAAAAAAGAAAAAAUAAGAGAAUAACGUGUUCAAACUACGUGUUUUGUAACCUGUAUCCGUUCCCAUAGCCCGUUUCUCGAAGAACAGCCGAAGAUUAAAAAAAGAACAAUUGAACAAUUUGUAUCAUCACCUGCUCAAAAUAAAAUUAACACCGCCGGGUUUACGAAUAUACACAUAUAUAUAUAUAUAUAUAUACAUCAUUGGGCGUGUCUGACUACACACACAUACACGUAUACGCACACAUACACACACACACAAACAUUGAUUGAAUUGAUUUAGCAGCCAACAAUCUUUUAAUUUAAGAGAAGGGGAGGGAGAGAGAUUACGAAAGUUAGAGAAAGGAAAUAACGUUUGGAGUUAUAACUCGUUGCUCAACCCUCGGUUUUAAGCCGAAACUCAACGUUAUAUAGAUAUAUAUAUAUAUAUAUAUACACAUAUACUUGUUUUAAUGUCGCUAAGCAUCUGUUAGAACAGAUUUGAAGAAGAGAAAAAAGAAAAGAAAAAGAAAGUGCGAAAUAUAAUUGAUGAAUAUUAAUAAGACGGUUUACAUUAGACUCGAACAACUAUUGAAUAUUUACACUUUAAUUUUAGCUUUCCUCCCACGUUGCUUUCGCUACCACGCUACGCGGACUAUAUACGCGUGUUAUAUCAGAUUCUUAAGACUUGCUCGCUUUUAAAUCGUUUUUACGAUCUAAACGGUUCCUCGUUUUAACGGCGUCGUAAAGAAAAAGGGAAUAGGCUCGUCACGCUCUUAGGCAAAUUAACUCUUCGUUAUACGCGCGAAUAAUAUAUAUAAAAAUUAAUAUUGGAAAAAUUCGACACGUUGAACGCGAAACGAAACGAAAACUUCUUCAAGUUCUAUUAUUUUCCAAGAGGGAAAAACGCGAUUCGAGUUUAGAAAAUCUCGGAUAUUAGCAGCGGAUGAAUAACUGGGAGGAGUGUUCGACCGAGAACACUGUGUAUUUCUGUUCCCUGGGUCUGAUCAACGAGGAAGCGUGUCUCGCUUCGCGUAUUACGCAACUUUGCAAUUUCGUUCGCUGCCAGAAUCUUCCGGGGAAUUUGGCACGUUCGUAGAACCCGCUUGAAAAAUUCGAAACCCCUUCGAAUCGGACCUCUCUCUUACCCGUGUUAAAUGAAUUCCUAUAUAUAUAUAUAUAUAUAUAUUAUAUAUAUAUAUAUAUAUCCCAUAUUAUGUAUAUGUAUAUAUAUAUAUAUAUAUAUAUAUACAUAAUAUGGGAUACAAUUGUGAGGAACACGUUCGAUUGUGACGAGAAGGGACUAUGUGUAUCGAGCUAUCGAGGAUCGAGGGAAUUGUGUGGUGCAUUGUGUGGACGACGAAAUUACGACGACGAGAUAUCGGCGUGAUUAUGGAGAACUUUCUUGGGAAGAGUAUCAAAUUCUAAAAUCUAUUUAAUAACACGCAUUAACUGCAUUACGUUGUAGAAACGUAUUCUAACGAUCGUUAAGAAGAAGAAAAUGUAGAUACACGCAGCACAUUCACAUCUACGUACGCGCAUGUACACAUACAUACAUACAUACAAGCAGCAUACACAUACAUACAAACAUACCCCGUAGGUUGGGCGAAUUACCAUCUCGAAGCGAUUAUACAUAUAUAUAUAUAUAUAUAUAUAUAUAUAAAAUUAAUUAUAAAUAUAUAUAUAAAAAUAUACAUAUACCAGCACUUGAUAUAGGUAUACGUUUACCUAUAUACUACCUUAAGAAAAGAAGAAAAGAAAAAAAAAGAAAAUUAUUAAACAAAAUCACUUUUACUGUGGCUGUAAUGCGCCGAUUCUACGAAAGGAAGAGAGAUAUGCGAAGAGAGAGGACGGUGUUACAUUUUGCACGACAGGGGCGUACAUGUACUAGCAAUAGCGAAUAUACAUACAUAUACACAUACAAUAGCGUAGACUUAAUAGAAUCUGAGAGCGUAUGGCUGAUUUAAUAGGGAGAAUCCGUGAAAGAAUGUGUAUACACAUGUGUAUUGCAUACACGUGGCACAUGUGCGAGAGUAUCUCCGUGAUUCUGUAUUUUAUUGCGGAAGUUCCUGUUCCUCGAAAGAGAAUUAACGAGAAAAAAAAUUAGACGAGGAAGAAGGGGAUGAGAAAAACGGAUGAAAAAAGUUUUUGUAGAGAUAGAUAACGCGGGUGCCUCGAUAUCCACCCGAUUGAUCAAUCUUUCUUCUCGCGACUCGACUCGAAAGGAGUCGAGGAUCUUUUGUUUCGCAACCACGACCACGAAAAUAAUCGUUUUUGUUCCCAUUUUAGAAGAAAUAGAAUCGAUUGGCGAACGUGAAUUUCCGUUUAAAAAUUAAAUUAAAUAUUAUAGGUAAAGAAUAAAGAGAAAAAAAAAGUGGGCGGAUCACGCCCUUAAUUUACGAUUAACCGUGCGCCAUAUUAAGAAAAUCGUUUUUUGUAAUAUCCGAAUAAAAUGAAUAGUCGACGACAAACGUAACAUAAAUAUCAGCUCAAUUAUCAUCGAUACGUUCCAUAGAAGAGCAAUUGUCCAUUAAAGAACAACCACUCCCACCCUUUCAACGAAUAAAUAUCGACAAACGCCGCGUAUUAUAUUAGAAAAGAAUUAUCAUGAUUAAAUUAUACGGUACAAAUGAAACUUUGUUGAAAGAGAAGAGAAAUUCUAUCUUGAUGUUCACUGAAUACCAGUGGAAGGAAGGAAGAAACGAGAGCAAUUUAUAAUAUAAUACUAUCAAGAGACCAAAGAAAAGCACGAAAAGCGAAAUUCAACGAAAAAGAAAAGAAAAAAAAAAAGCAUCGUUUAGCCUUUUGAUACUUUUCAAAACCUAUUUCUCUUGCUCGCAUUCCAUCGCGUCAUCGCUCUCCUUUCUAUUUUUGUUCCCUUUUAACGCCAUUCUAACAGCAUUACCGUUGAUCCUCUUUGUUGCGCAACAACAAGCCGAGCAAACAUUAUGACCGUCGUGUUACGCGAAUCGCAUAAAUCGAAUUACAAUGUCUCUCGAUCGACCAUACACCUCUAAUAUUUUCAUCGAAAAUCUUUGCCAAGGGAGACCGCGAUCUAUUUUCACAGAUCGAUGCUAUGAAAUCUACUCCUUCCCCCCCACGCGACGCCUACUUAUAAAUAAAAGCUUAUAUGGGUUUCGAAUAUAUAUUAUCGAGAGACGAUGUUCAAUAAGAGAGAUAUAGCCAAUUUUCGUUCGAUUAUUUUGCAAGAGUUGAAAACGCUCUUCCCGCGACGCAAUAUAUAUAUAUAUAUAUUUAUAGCGCGAAUAAAUUCUCGACUGGUAGAAAUUAAACUGAGAAAGUCUAUAUUAUUGUAUUAAAUAUUUAUAGUAAUAAUAAAAAAACUAACGGUAACAUUAACAUUUUAAACAAAUAAAUCAUUUCGAAGCAAACUGAAUUUUCAUUAGUUGCCGGAAAAUAUUGAUUUUAUACGAUAUUCUUCAAUUAUAUAGCGGAUAUUUCACUCUACCAGCGGAGAAUUAAUUUCCGUUCGUUCGCAAGCGUUUCGUCGUGCACCGUGCUUCACUUUCGUCCGCUACACCAAUCUUUUCAUCGUAUUUUUAUCGAUAGAUAUACGUUUGUUCUCAUCAAUCGUAGUUCACGAACGUGAAACUGACAUCCAACGAGCGCGAUUCGAGGCGAAACGAUAUAUUGUAAAUAAAUGAUAGAAAAAUCGAAGAAAAAAAGAGAGGGGAGAGAAAGAGAGAGAGAGAAAGAGAGAGAGAGAGAUGAGAAAUAAUGGUAAAUAAGAGAAUAUGAAUGAGAGAGAGAGAAUGUGAGGGAGAAAAUGAAGAUGCAAUAGGGAAAAAAAAUUAGAGUGUAAGUGUUCGAUCGUAGAACUUAUAAAUUAUAAACACAAAAUCAUAAUUACAUCAGAAUUGGAGUAUUACUCGUGCUAACUGCCGAGAAAGGGACAUAUUAAAGGGACAUAAGCGUGUCCUCGCGUUCGUGUCGUUUUGUUAAAGAAGAUUUAAAAAAAAAAGAAAAAAAAAAAAUAAGAAAAAAAGAGGGAAAAAGAGUUGGUAAAAAAAAAAAGAAAAAAGGAGUAAAUAAAACAGAGGCUCUCCUAGUUACUUGCUCAUUGAAAUAAUAUUCUAAAUAACGUUCGUAACGGAACAAAAGUCUAGAUACGCAUCAGUAUAAUGAGAAAUAAUUUUACGUAUAUAUGUAUAAGUAAGAUUCACAUUCACGCGCGCGCGGCUGCAGUCAUGCGCGCGCACACGCGCGCCAUUUUUUUUUCUUUUCAAGCUAUGGAUGCACUUAAUCUUAUCGGUGAUCCAUAUCAAUCUCUAAUCUCCGCGAGUUGUUCCGUAAAAAUGUAGAAUAUAUCGAAAGGUUGUAAUAUUUUAACGAUAUUUUCGAGUAAUAGCUACUGUUAAAAAAAAAAGGAAAAAAAAAAAAAAAGAAAAAAAAAGAGAAAAAGGAAAGAAAAAGAGAGAAAGAUAUAAUUCUUCCCUCCCUUUAUCGAUACUUAUAAGUUUACGCUUUCUAACAAAAGGAUAUUAAUAUAGCAACGGUGGAACUUCAACUUAAUCGAGAAAUAGAAAUUGUUAAAGAAAUAUAAGUAAAUAUUGAAAGUAGACAUCAGAGUAGAAUCACUUCGCAAUAUUGGUGCUUUUUAACUAUGAAAAAACAAAUAUUUCUAGAUUCCACGAUAAGAGCAUAACACAUGUUUCUAAUUAUGAUUAUGAUGACAUAUGGCAUGUUUUUGAUUCAAAUAAUAAGUAUUUUGAAAAAUUAACUCUGUUAAUUGAGGACCCACUGUAUUUAUGAUGCAAUUUAUUUCUUGAAAUUGCACAAUUAUUUGUAAAAUUCCAUUAAAGAUAAAAAAAAAGAAAAGAUAGCUUUAAUUAAAGAAAUAUAUAUAAAAUUAUUCAUAUAAUGUUUUAUAAAUUACGUUUUUAAAUGUACCAAUGAAGUAUUCGAUAGAAAUGCGGUGGCGUGCGCGUGCCUGUUCGCCGCUAUGCGUUCACGAAGGAUCACGAUUUCUAUACAUUAAGGUCGAUCGCUAUACGCCGUACAAUUUACAGUGAGCAUGUACGGCUUGUGAACAAUUACAAGCUUGUAGCGGAAAAAAAUAAAAAGAAAAAUAUGCACUCGAAACCACCAGAAGCAUAAUCGUCUUUAAAUGGCGGUAAAUAUAAUUAUAAAUUGUUACAAACAAAUAUAACGCAAAAGAAAAUCGUAUCGUUGCAUGACCGAUAUACCUAAAUGAAACUAUUACUACGUGAUACGACAUUAUUAUGUAAAAGUUUUUAUUGCGUGAGUAAAAUUAUGUUAUGGAUAAAAA